CACGCGCUGUUGUUGUGAUUGACGGAGUCACGAUGAACUUUCGUUUCAGCAAAAUGUUUUGAGUGACACAAAAAACGAUGUCCGAGAUCCUGAUGAAGGAGAUGGAGAGCAUAUCGAUAAGUCCAGUGAAACCGGAAGAGGGUUCCGACCGCUCCCGGAGCUUCCUGCUGGUGGACGAUCAAGAAAACCUGCAGGUCCGUGAUGAGUCCGAGUUCGUGGAGAGACUCGGCUGCGCGGACGCCGCGGGGGUCAAGGUCCUCUCCAUCUUCGGCAACACCGGCGACGGCAAGUCGCACACGCUCAAUCACAUCUUGUUCCAGGGCAAGAGCGUGUUCUUCACCUCCAAGUCCCCCAGCUCCUGCACGGUGGGGGUGUGGGCCGCUUAUAACCCCACCCUCGGCCUGGUCGCCCUGGAUACAGAGGGUCUCCUGGGAGCGGCGGCCAAUCAGAACCAGAGAAUGAGGCUGCUGUUGAAGGUGUUGGCAGUGUCUGACAUAGUGGUGUACCGCACGCGGGCGGAGCGCCUCCACAACGACAUGUUUCAGUUCCUGAGCAGCGCCUCGGGGGCCUACCUGAAGCACUUCACCCCGGAGCUGCGGGCGCUGUCCAGCCGCUGCGGCCUGGACGUGCCCCUCUCCUCUCUCGGGCCCGCCGUCAUCGUCUUCCAGGAAACAACGCACACUCAGCUGCUGGGCCAAGACUCGAAGGUGGCCGGCCAGGCCGACACGCUCCUCCAGAAGCGCUUCCACGACCUGAAUUUGGGGACCGAGGCCUUCAGCUCGGUGCAGUACGUGGGCACGCAGACCAUCACACCUCCCACUGACUACAGCCGGCUCCUGGAGGCCGUCACGCAGCAAGUGAAGAACACUCACACACGCUCCCCCCGCCAGCCCGGCAUCGUGUUUCAGGCCCUGGAAGCUCUGAGCGAGCGAUUCUGCGGGGAACUAUCCGACGACAAGAUGACACUGUACUCCUUCUUCCCAGAUGAGUACUUCACCUGCUCGUCUGUCUGCCUCAGCUGCAACAUUCGUUGUAAAAAAGGGAUGAACCACCUCAGAGACAGGGUCCCCCAUAUGGCUGACGGACUGUGCCAGUACGCUCAUCAGUUCAACAAUAAAGUCCUCAUCUGUAAGCGAUGCUACGAAGGAGGCAAAGAAGUGAUUGUUAUUCCCAAAACCUCAGCUUCCACUGACAACCCGUGGUUCGGACUGGCCAAGUACGCCUGGUCAGGAUACGUGUUGGAGUGUGCCAGCUGUGGCGUGAUCUACCGCAGCAGGCAGUACUGGAUGGGAAACCAGGACCCCGAGAGCGGCGUGGUGCGAUCGGAAGUGAAGCACGUCUGGGAGGGGUCUGACACCUUCAUGGCCAACCACCAGAACGCCGCCCAGAGGGUCCUGGACGGGAUGAACUACGUGAUCCAGUCAGUGUCCGAGUACAGCACAGGCCCCACCAAAGCAGUGACCGCCUGGCUCACAGACCAGGUGGCCCCUCCGUACUGGAGACCCAACACAGAAAUCACUAAAUGUCACGAGUGUCAGAAGGUGUUCGAGGAGGCGGAGAGGAAGCACCACUGCCGGUCGUGUGGCGAGGGUUUCUGUCACCCCUGCUCCAGCCACAGGAUGCCGGUGCCAGAGAGGGGGUGGGGCAGCAGUCCGGUCCGGGUGUGCAAAGCCUGCUACCGCCAGGGGGGUCCGCCGGACACCAGCAGCCAGGUUUCCAAAGUGGAGCCUCGUGGUCUGAUCGCACGCAGGGUGACAGAAGUGGCCCAGUCUACUCUGGACAUGGUGUCGACAGCCAUGGACUACCCUAUCUGUUUGGUGAAGGACGUGGCUCGGCCCGACUACUGGGUGCCGGACCAGGACAUCACCCAGUGCCACCAGUGCUCCAAGACCUUCACUCCGGCCAUGUCCAAGCACCACUGCCGGGUGUGCGGGCAGGGCGUGUGCGGCCCGUGCUCAACACACCUCAAGCGCGUGCCGUCCCGGGGCUGGGAUCACCCGGUCCGAGUGUGCGACAGCUGCCACGCCAGCGGCGACGCCCUGUAACCACCAGACAGCCUUUCCCCACGUCGAUCGGCGAAAACACUGUGAAUCCUGAGGAGGACGCUCCGACCAGGCAGGAUCGGCUCUGUGUGAAACGACAGGCUGCUCAGACACUUGAAAAUAAUGGCCGCUGGAAUCUGAUUUUCAUCUCAUCAAUGGACUCCUCUCCGUCAGUUACUCAGAAAGCAAAUCGUAGAUUUACUGCGGCGCGGAUUGCUUGUUUUAACUCGCUGCUUUAAACAUAAGACUUUUACCUCUGUUUUGCUCUCAGUACAGCUUCACGUCCGUCUGUCCAGCCUGUCAGUUGUGAAUCGCGUAGAAGGGACGCACAGGGAAUGAAGGGAGCUUUCAAAGCACGAAGGACUUUGCACCAUCGAACAUCCCAACAACCACUGACCCUUUUCCAAAGACGUCACAGGAAGUGACCCUGUGCUGCUUGACAUUCUCCAACUCCAUAUCAGAAAUGCAACUGGACGUGCUCCCGCCUCUCUCAGGGCCGAGCGGACGCGAGCUGCAGCACCGUGUGCCUUUGUGGGGAAUCUAUACAGCCUUUUGUUUUCUUCCUAAAGCUCAUUAGUCUCCAUCAUAUGUGCAAACACUAAUGAGACUCUCUGUGCCUGAUUAUAGAGCUCUGUCAUUCACAGCCUUGAUCCUCUGUGUCUGCUGAAAUGAGUACGAACUAAAGACCUGCGAUUUGAGACAUUUAGACAUUCCGAGUGUAUGGAAGCACCUGUGUAGGAUUUAAUGUUAAUAAAUACACAUGCACAACUCUGGGAGACCUGAAAGGUGCUCAUAUAACACAAAAUACGAAUACUAGUGACAAUAAAGGCCAUUACUGUGUGUAUGUGUUGUACGGAUCUUAUGGGUUUUUUUUCUCUUGAAUAAACUUCUAUCGACAAUUUUUUUUAUAUGUUAAAUGAAGCUCGAUAAAUAAAAUUAGAGCAGAACUAAUGUGUGCAAAAGUCACUUGAU